AUGAUCGCCGCCAUGGCAGCAACGGCAGAUAUGCCCUCGCGCGAACCGCCGCUAACAUCGGAUACUGGUAGACUGGCCUCCAUUUUGAAAAAAUUUCUUGGGAAGGAUAGCACGCUAACAUCGUCGGUAUCGUCUGACCAAGAAUCUAGGACGUCUUUGGAUUGUUCACCAACCUCGGGCUUGUUCCGGAGGGUGUCAAGGAAAGUGGUUCCAGGGUUGCCCCGCGUUAAAACUUUUAAGAGGCAGCAGUCCGAGGUGAGGGAGAAGCUCGAGGCGAUACAACCUACGCCAGCAGAACGUAGGACUGUCUCCGUCGAUAGGCGAUUGCGUACUCAACGCAGCGUUUCUUGCGUGAACGAACCCUUACCGCGUGCAAGUGCGCCCGACUUCUUCGACGACACACAACCCUCUAUUAGUCCUCCUACCGUGGUCUCACAUGAAGUGGGGUCGGCUCCUCAGACCCCCCUCGAUGAGAAGCAAUUCUUAAGUUUCCAAGAUAUCAACAGCGUCAAUAGCGCCAGCCUAGAUAGGGAAAACCGUGAAUUUCUCCAACCCGUGUCUAGCUAUAUCGAAGCUUUAUCGCCUGUUGAUGUUCAGUCUACCACGACGUCUCAGUAUGAUGCAAUGAUCAAUGACGAGCUAGAGCGGAAAUGGAUCUUGAAUCUGAGUAUGCACUUCCGGGAUAAAUCCAGGAGGGAGAAGUUCUUCGUCACCUAUCGCGAGGAUGAAUUCGUGUGGAGGCGAGUUACUAUCUCUCUAGAUUAUCGAAACGCUCCAGAUGAUUCUCUAGAGAAAGAUCUACUCCAUAUCAAAUUUCAAAGGGAAAAGAGUGCCAAAAUAUAUGAAGCUAUACGCGAAAGCCUUCAAGACAUCCAAUUCUACCCCACCGUCACCAACCUAAAGUUGCAGACCACGGAAGGAAGGUUGCACGUCCAUGUAGUGGAAGACGUUAACGAGAUCAUAAACUACCCUACCGUUCGUAUGAUCCAGCAUUUGAAAUGUCACCGUAUCAAAGAGAGAGACCUCGCGUUCGAGUCCCAUAUGUCAGGUUUCGUCUACAAGGUUCGUGUUGCUGGGAAGACACUCAUUAAGAAGGAGAUUCCAGGACCAGAUACAGUGGAUGAAUUUCUCUACGAAGUCAACGCUCUUAACUCAUUACGCUUCUCCCAAAACGUCAUAGAAUUCUACGGUGUGGUGGUUGACGAUGAAGACGAGAUGGUUAAAGGCCUGCUCAUCAAUUACGCGGAAAAGGGUGCGCUCAUCGACCUUAUUUACGAUUCUCAAGAGGAAGGUAAUAUCCUCCCGUGGUCCCUUCGAGAGAAGUGGGCGAGGCAGAUCGUUCAGGGGUUGUCGGACGUUCACGAAGCCGGCUUUGUACAGGGUGACCUCACGCUUUCUAAUAUUGUCAUCGACUAUAAAGACAAUGCAAAGAUAAUAGACAUCAACAGACGAGGUUGCCCAGUGGGCUGGGAGCCUCCGGAGGCAACUCCACUUAUCGAUAGUAACCAGCGGAUAUCGAUGUAUAUCGGUGUAAAAUCUGACCUCUAUCAGUUAGGGAUGGUAUUGUGGGCACUCGCGACGUUGGAGGAUGAACCGGAAGCGCAUCGACGACCGCUCCGAUUAACUUCCGAAAUCGAUGUUCCGGAUUGGUAUCGCAUGAUAGUGGGGUAUUGCUUGCACGAGGAUCCACGUGUCCGACUUCAGGCCUCUGUACUACUUGGGAUGUUUCCCGUAUACGAUAACGACGACGACGACGACGACUAUGACAGGCAUGAUCUACCCUCGAUUUCCGUCGACGACGGCAAUUCUCUACGGGAAUAUACGGUAGACGGAUAUGAAGAAGACGGUCAUCCGCAUAUCAAACCGGCUCAGCCCCGGAAUAUCUGGCAAUACACUCCAUUCGGUAGUACACACGUUGCACCAACAAACUUCUCUGUCGAUCAAUACUAUCCUUCAAGGGGACGAUCCCCAGCCAGGUCACUACCAAGCAACCACGACAUGUAUGACCCACCGUACACGGAGCGGCGCGAAACGUGGCCCACUAAUUUCAUGAGCCCGUAUACCGACGACUUGGAACUGGGACAGGAGAUUGCCGAGACUCCCAGGGGUGUGCAGUCGCCGGAAGAGAUAAUUGCGAAAGUGCAACAGGACCUAGAGGAAGAACAGGCUCAGGCGACUGGGAGUGAAAACCAGGUGAAGGUACCCACGUUAGUAGCUGGCGUAGGUAGUGCGCUUAGGAUUAACGGUGGGAAUACCGAGGGAGCCUUACCUCUACCUUACAAAGGUAUAGCAGCCAUUCCUUCGGGUGACGUCCAUACAACAGGUAAAUUAAGUGAAGAGAGGAGCUUAGAAAAUCCGCAAUCCGAUUCCAGAGGUGGCGUUCCGAAGAAACCCGAUGUGGCACAACCCGAGGAACCAGAGGGCUUGCGUACAGCCGAGAUUUCGGAUUAUUCCCAAAUUGAAGAAGCCGCUCGGCCGCCUACGGAUGGAGACGGUGAAACCGGAUCGCUAUAUCAUUACACACACGACAGAGGAGACAUACUACCGCGAUCAACGACAGCAUCACCUUCGAGACCAGCCGAGUCGCCUCCGGACUUACCAACUGAUUUGACGGGUGUUGGCUCCAAAUACGAGCAUGAUGAAAUUCGAAAACUAACUUUAGACGACGAUUUAGGUCAUCCUACGACAGCUACAGCUACAGCAACAGAUGUGACAUCUUAA